AUGCCUGACAUAAAGUUACUCAUCCCUUCAAGUGAAGGAGCAUUCUUACAAGAGCAGGGAGAGAUGGUUAGCUCCAGCAGGCGUCGCAGUUGUGCUCUGGUUAACACUCCAGCACCAUGUGUGAACAAAGCAGUGUCUCACAUCCAGGAACUGAAGUCCAAACUGGAAAGCUGGGGCCAACAGGGUGAUAAUGCUCAGCAUGAAACUGCACAUGAAAACAACCACAGUAUCAUUUGGAAAUGUGUUUCUGCUGAUGGUAAAAAUAAAGAGCUGUGUAUUGAAGGCAUGGGGCUUUAUGCACAAGACAGUGGAGUGUUGCCGUCUCUCUGGACGGAGCCGACAGACGUCCUGAUGGAGGUGAUGAGUUUGAUCGAGCGUCUUGAGUUGGACCGCAGAGAUGCAGAGAAGGCUCUAAAGGAAGAAAAGGAGAAAGCAAAGAAACUUUCAGAGAAACUGGACAGCCUCUGUCUCUGGAAGGAGAAGGAGUUUCCUUUAGCAAUGCAGAGAGAGCGUGAAGCCUGCAGCACAGACAUCGCCGAACUGACGUGGCAACUGAAAAUAAGGAGAGAUCAGUUGCUGCAGGUGAGAGACCGACUGACCCACACGGAGGUGCUGAACCGUCGUCUGAAGGAGGAUAUCGAUUUUAUGAGGAAACACGGGCCGCUCGUUCACCAGAGACUCCAGCUGGAGAGUGAAAUCAUGAAGCAGAUCCAGACAGCACAAAGCGAGGUCAGUGAGACGUUUUCAAACAUCUCUCAGAAGCUACAGAGUCUUCAGGAGGAGUUUCAGAAUGAGGAAUUCAGAGCAGAUCUUAGGAAAGGAGAAAUGAACAAAGGAAUGGAAACGACCAGAAAUCAUCUGAGUGACAAGCAAACAUUAAAAGCUGAAAAAAAUGAUAAAGAAGAGAAAUUGAUGAUACAGAAGAAUGAUGUAAUGCAGCUUCAAAACCAAAUACAAGCAUCUAAACUUGAAGGUGAUGAAAAGGUGUCAAUGUUGGAUGCAAACUUGAGCCAAAAGCGACAUGACUUAUUGACCCUGCGAGACAAAAACAAAGAGCACAAACUGGAAAUUGAAGACUACAAGAGAAAGAUCUACCAAAGUGAACAGGCUGUGAGAAAGCUACUGAAGGAUCGUGAGCAUGUCCUGCUGAAGAUCAGUUUGAGUGAGAAGCAGUGGAAACCGGUCAAAGACGAGUUUGACCAGGUCUCUGCCAUUCAUUCAGACACUAAAGCCAAGCUGGACUGUCUGGAACGCAAAACCUUUCUGGAGGAGCUAAAGAACAGGAAAGAGAUCGACAAAAUGAAGAGCCUGAUAAUGACUGAAAUGACCACCUUAGAUAUUCUCAAGGGUAAUAGGGACGCAGAGGCAGCUGAAUAUAACCGUGAACAAAAAGACUGUGAGAGGGUGAAAGGUGAGCUGCAGAAAAAGUAUGGAGACGCUUUGUCUACAGCCGCUCAACUGGAGACUGAGGUGGAGCAACUGAGACAGAUGUAUACAGAGAAAUCUGAGAGUAUUGAAAACUUAAAAGCCAAUCUAAGUGACUUGCACACUGCACACAGAAGCCAAUCGGAUGAUUUUGAGAAGAAAAAGAAACACUGUCAGGAAUGUUUUAAUUCUGUGAAGGAAAGCCUUAGUGUGGUGGCAUUAAGGUAUGAGGAGAUUUCAAACCGGAUCAAGGAGCUUGAACUGAAGUUGAAAGAGUUGAAGCAAGAGACAAACAUGAUGGAGCAAACCAUCAGCACCAUGCCACAUCGUAUAGCAGAGCUACAGGGUUUGUCAAACACAAUGGCGUUCAAACAUGGUACAGCCACAGUACUGAUGGGUAACGUGCACAGGGAUAUAGCUUCCUGGAAACAGAGGAAGUCUCAUCACGCACAGAUUCACUCAGCACUGUUCACUCAACGCCAGACUGUCAUGAAGGACACAGAGAUUAAUCUACGGGAAGCCCUGAAAGACAAUCUGAAGUUAGCGCAGGAGUAUCAGGAGCUGCAGAAAGCUCUGAUGAUUGUCAGACAAGAAGCCGUUUAUGUUUUUGACAGAAGAAACAGAGCAGAGGCCUACAUCCAAGAUCACAAGCAGCUUUCUUUGUUGCAGAAGAGGAUGCACAAAGCCAUGCUAAAAUACUUCAAACACCGCAGCGUCUACAGCCAGGCAGAGCUGGCCCGCUUCCAGACCCUCUCCAACCAGAACAACCAGAAAAUGAAAGCCCUCCAGGAGGAGAUGUCAAACGCAAUCCAGCGCCUCUCUGAGUUCCUGCUCUCGCUGACAGAUGACUCAACUAGCAGCCAUGUCCCGCAGCAAGCAAACAGACCCGUCGCAGAUGCCGACGGAUGGAGCAGGAAGACGCCUACAGUUCAGAUAGCGGAGUAAUUGGACGCUCACCUGCGCCAGACAACUUACUUAAACCCCCAGCAUGCUUCACUCUCUCCCCUGUCCGACGCUCACGGCCCAAUCCAUAACAAUGAAGCAGGUGACUUUCAUGCUACUGUCAGGAAUGAUCUAAUUUUAGCGGGGUGAAUGAUUGCAAUUGGCUUUGCCUCAUCAGAUAAUUAAUCUAUGUCACCAUUAAUUGGAAAAGAGAAUAAUUAGGGGGCUGUGUUGACAGAAAUUCUACGCUUCUCUAGAUUCUUGGAUCUAAUUACACCUAUUUAAACCCCUCUGACCUUAACUAGCGGAUAGUAUACCUGCGUAACCCUAACCAGGCUGGGGUUGGUCUCGACCGCCUCUCGCUCGGCGUCCUUUGUCAUUUUUUUUCUCCUUUCUUGCUUGUUUAUCCUCUCUUUUCCUGUCUCCUCAGAGAGCUGUCUCCCUCAAUCACUUUUCAAUAUUCAAUCUUAAUUUUGUGGAAGUUUAGCAUUUUCAAUGAGCUGGAGAUGAAUGAUUAAUGAAUAAAUUUGAAUGCUUCAUUUUGUCCAUGGAUCAUUAGUCAAGUCCUUUGUGGGAAGGACCUGCGAAAAAAAAAAAAAAGAGGGAAAAUUAUUGAGACAUUAGCCUGAAGCAAUCCAGGGGUAAAUAGUAUGCACAGAGGGAUGUUGUGUGAACGCUACCCACUGGCAUUCUGCACAACCCCACGGAAAUGCAAGCCUUCUAAUUUACCCCGCUUCACAAGACUGAUGUGCUCUAUCGACAAAUAGGUUUCAUUUACAAAAAUGAGUUCUCAUUUUGAUGUUUUGGUGUAUGCGUUUUUUUAUAACUUUUUUACUUAUUUAUUUCUUUUACCCUCGUCCCUUGUCGUGCCUCCUCUGGUGAGAUGUCAGAUAACACAAUUAUUAAUCAAAUGUCAGUUAUGAUUGACCGAAACUAUUAUAGUCAAGCAAAGACAUCAGAAAGUGACAGGCAUGCUUUUUGGAAUAUUUAGUAUAAUUGGGAUUUUCUGUUAGGUUGUUCGGUUCAGUUUUACAAUACAGUCUUAGAUAGAUCAUAUGGACUAACAAUGAACAAUGCAUGCAUUUGUCAGUCUAAGUUCAACAUUUACUAAUAUAGUUUUUAAAAGAAGUUAAGAUUAAGAACAUUAAUGAAGACUAAUCAAUGCUGUGUUAAUCAUUAUUAUU